ACCAUCUAUGCCUUCAUUUCCUACUCAAGUUCCUACGUUUAUGCCUACCUUUUUCCCAAAUGUGUCUCAUUCCCUCACGGUGAAGCUCACAUAUUCAAACUAUUUAUUGUGGAAAAAUCAACUUCUAAAUUUGGUUUAUGCUUAUGGACUUGUGGGAUUUAUCAAUCGCACUAUUCUUGCUCCACCAGAAUUUGUUGACAAUAUUCACCAUCAGGUAAAUCUUGAUUUUCUCACUUGGCAACAAUGCAAUAGAACAGUGAUGUCGUGGCUGUAUUCUUCCCUUACAGAGGAGAAAAUGGGUGAGAUAAUUUCGUUCCCUACUGCCUUUGAUAUUUGGGAGUCAUUACGAAAAGCAUAUGAAUCAAAAGAUUAAAGAAAUUCAGCAAGUUAAGAAGGAUGGUCUGUCUGUCUCCCAAUAUUUAGCAAAGAUUAAAGAAAUUACUGGUAAGUUGUCAUCUAUUGGUGAACCUAUAUCCCUCAAAGAUCAUAUCUCAUAUAUCAUAGAAGGGCUUGGGAUUGAAUAUAAUGCUUUUGUUACCUCUAUACAAAAUCGUUCUGAUAUGYCGACUCUUGAGGAUGUGCGUACUUUGUUACUUGCUUAUGAUUACAGACUUGAAAAACAAAAUUCUGUGGACCAAUUAAAUGUAGUUCAAGCGAAUGUGGCUAAUCUCCAGUUGAAUCGACAAUCUGGCCAUACCCGUAAUCACAGAGUUCCCUCCCAACACAGUCCACGACCUUUUAAUUUCAAAACUCAACCUGGCUUACUUGGAAAACCAAACCAAAAUUCACAACCUCCAUGGCCUCCUAGUCAACAGUCUCCGAGAAAUCCCAAAGUCCAAUGUCAGAUUUGCUUUAAGCUUGGCCAUACAACUUCCAAAUGUUAUCAUAGAGCCAACCUUCAAUAUAAGCUCAAUUUCUUUCCCACCAACCAGCCAAACCCUCAUGCCUUAUUUCAUCAUGUUAAUUCUUCUAGUUCCCAGUUCCAACAAUCCAAUCCUACAGCUAAUGUGCCUCCUACACCAAACCCUUUUUCCUUUCCCAAUCUCAUUGUUAUACCCGAUGACUUAUGGUAUAUGGAUUCUGGUGCCACUCACCACAUCUCUCAUGACAUUAAUUCUCUGUUUAAUCUCAUGYCAUACACUGGGGGUGAGCAAGUUACCGUAGGUGAUGGAUCUCAAUUCUCGRACUAUUCUACUACGGGGAAUCCUUGAUGGUGGGCUUUACAAAUUUCAACCCAACUCWUCUUCACAUACGGUCUCUCCUUCAACUUUGCAACCUGUUGCCACCUUUAUUUCCUCCACAACUACUUCCCUUUGGCAUUUUUGUUUAGGACAUCUGGCACAUACAAUCGUUAGACAAGUUUUGUCCUCAUGUAACAUUGAUUCCUCUAAAAUCAAUGAGUCUAGCGUCUGUAUUUCUUGUCAAAAAGCAAAGAGCCAUAGGCUCCCUUUCUCUUUAAGCAAUACGCAAACUACAACACCUUUUGAACUUUUUCAUUCUGACCUUUGGGGUCCUUCCCCAAUUAAUGCUAUCAGUGGUGUUCGUUAUUUUUCU